GAGCAAUUCAAGUCCCAAUUGCUAUCGGUAGUUCACACCUAUUGUGGUGAAUUUGAUUGUUCCUUCCACGGAUUUUGCCCUUCGCGCCUCUCAAGACCAGGGUGACUUGUCAACUACUGCUUCGCAUCGCAUCAUCGCAACCAGCCUUUUUUCCCCUUCCUUCGCCGAGACAACAUUGACGCCGAGACUUCCAUUUCACUUAGUCGUCGACUCUCUGCCAGUCAAUUACUUAAUUUCCACCGAAUUUUCAAAGCGACUCUUUUCACUCCAGGCUUUGCGCAUCCUCUGAUCGCAAAAAUGUCAAACAGACAGCCCUCUCGUGUCGUCUUCGUGGGCAACAUCCCAUAUGGACUCACCGAGGAGCAAAUCACUGAAAUCUUCAGUGGUGCUGGUCGCGUCCUGAACUUUCGCCUCGUCUAUGAUCGGGAGACUGGUCGCCCCAAGGGCUUUGGUUUCGCUGAGUUCCCUGACCACGACUCUGCUUCUUCAGCCGUCCGAAACUUGAAUGAUUAUGAGAUUAUGGGACGGAAGUUGCGUGUCGACUUUAGCAAUGAAACGGUCAGCGACGAAGAUGGUCGUGACCGUGACGCUGCUGGCCCUUCUGCUGCCGGUUACUCGGCGCCGUCGAACGGUAACAACGUUGCCGCGCCGGUCGUCCCCGCGGGCGGUUCGUCGCUCCCUCCUUUGCCCCAGGGCAAAGAUCUCCCUCCUGGUGUGAGCUGCACCGAUGCCAUAUCGCAAACGCUUCGCACUCUGCCGCCGGCGCAGCUGCUGGACAUCAUCCAGCAGAUGAAGACGCUGGCGACCAACGACCCUACGCGCUGCGCCGAGCUGUUGAACCAAGCUCCCCAGCUUGGUUAUGCUGUUUUCCAGGCCCUGUUGAUCAUGGGCUUGGUGUCACCGGACGCAAUCAACUCCGUCCUCGACACUGGUGUGAGCGUUGCCCCGCCUCCUGCGGCUGUCCCCGCCAACUAUGGCGGCUACCCUGUCCCUGCGGCGACCGGCACUCCAGUCGGUGGUUAUGCCGCCCCCCCCGUCGCUGCCCCGGUUGUUCCGGUCCCUGGUGCCGCGCCUCCUCCUGUCGCUGCCCCCCCUCCUGCUCAGGACCCUGAGGCCCUGAUGCGUGCUGUCAUGGAGCUACCUCAAGAGACGAUUGACAUGCUUCCCGAAGCCGAGAAGCAGCAGAUUUUGGCCUUGAGAGCUCAAUUCUCCCUGCAAGGUCACCGCUAGAAGCAGAGGCACGACAACAAGCCCGGGGAUGAUUGUACACCAAUUGGCAGUUGCGAGGAGGCAGUUACGGUGGGUAAUGACGACAACUAUACCGGGAGUGAUCAAGUCACCAAACUUACAGCCGAGCUAAUCCUAAAUAUCGGUAAAGUUGCUGAAGGGCGGUAUCAACCGUAAGUUUAAAAACAAUGACCACGAUUUUGACACCGCGAAUAUCCGCAAAUCAACAACUGUGGACAACGGUAGCGACUUGGGCUGUCACGACUUUUACUCCCCCACUGGGGGUAGUGUUAUUUCGGAGGAGGACGUGGACGAUCUCAUUCUUGAAAUUACGCCAUCUGCUGCCCCUGUGGCUUUGAACACCUUUAUCUCCGGACACAACUUGCUGCGUUUGACACCGAACAACUCGAAGUCUCCCGGUAUCAAUGAGAA